UGAGGGGUGUACUGUAAUUCGGCCACAACAUAGCCAUGUGCUCAGUUCUCAAGACUAUAAAUUUCUCUGAAAAAUCUUGAAAAAAAAAACAAAAACCCAUAGAUGUGUGUCUCCUCGUCUCUGUCCUUAUUGUCCUUCUGUUGACAUUCAAUUAUCCUUCUUCUUGUCAAUCUUGAAAUCUUUUGAUUUGCCUGCAAGAUUAUUUCAAGACCCUUUCUUGCUGCCACCUUGCCUCCUCAAAUUAGGAUAACUGCCCUUGCCAAAUUAGCGGCUUUUUUGGGUUUGGUUACGUGGGGUAUUGAGGAAUAGUUUGUCCUUGAAGCUUUGAAUAUUGACAGACCAUCAUCAGCAGAUGGGGUCUGAAGGUUCUCCAGCAGCUGUAACAACAACAGUUCAUGUAACAGGUUUCAAGAAAUUCCAUGGGGUUUCAGAGAAUCCAACGGAGACAAUUGUGAAUAAUUUGAUGGAGUAUUUAAAGAAGAAGGGUUUGCCAAAAGGGUUAGUUAUUGGGAGCUGCAGCAUUCUUGAGACUGCGGGUGAAAGAGUACUCGAUCGCCUCAAUAAUACAUUGCAGUCUGCCAUUACUUCCAAGGAGUCUGAAUCUCCAAGUUCCAACAGAAUUAUCUGGCUGCAUUUUGGGGUUAAUAGUGGCGCAACAAGGUUUGCUAUAGAGCGUCAAGCUGUCAAUGAGGCUACAUUCCGCUGCCCUGAUGAAACGCAAUGGAAGCCCCUGAAAGAGCCUGUUGUUUCUUCAGAUGGUCCAAUUACACGAAUACGGAAGACUACUCUUCCCGUGGAGGAAUUAACCAAAAUCCUGACAAGUAAGGGUUAUAAUGUAAUGACAUCCGAUGAUGCGGGCAGGUUUGUGUGCAACUAUGUUUACUAUCAUUCCCUUCGCUUUUCGGAGCAGAACGGGAUCAAAUCUCUUUUUGUGCACGUGCCACUCUUCUCUACAAUCAAUGAAGAGACCCAAAUGCAAUUUGCUGCUUCCUUGCUAGGGGUACUUGCUUCAUCAUGCUAGAAACAUUCUCAGAUGUAAAUGUUCUGGUGUUACCUGGCUUGUGAAAGUAGAUGAGUGUACUUUGAAUAAGAUGAUAUUAAGAGAUAUUGUUUUGAGAUGGAAAAUGGUUUAUUGCAAAUGGCAUGUGUAGCAGAGGUGUUUGCUUUAUCAGUGAAUGUUUAUGAUUAAAGGCUUCGGCAAAUUGUCAAAACAUGUUGUUGACAUCUUCGGUGCACAUUGUGAAUAUUUGUUCCUUUGUCCAUAAUGCUCUGCUCUUAUUUUUCAUUGUAACUUGCAUGAAUGAAUUGUAUGAGGCACACCUCUGAGUAAAACUGAAAUGUAAUAAUUCAGAGGUUUUUUCAGUUUAGAUGUCCUGACAAUA